AUGUUGCAUUGGAUCUUUUCCAGACUGCGCACCUUUCAACAGCGCUACUCUGUUGCCACCAGCAGUCCCGUUCAAGUUCCCAACGAAAUCUAUGGCUUAAUCGCUUCACACCUUCCCACGGAAACUCUCCUCGUCCUUUGUGGCGUAUCACGUAGUGUUUAUCUCGAAGCGAACCGGUACCUGUAUUCUGCUCUAACGAUAACACCCAUUCCCGUUGAGAACUGGCAACGCCGCAGUGCAAAGCAACAACUUGGCACGCAGUGGAUCACACCCCAUCGCGGUAUGCUGUGUCUUCGUUUGUGGAUCAAGGCGCUAGGCGAAAACUCCAAGCUACCGGUACAUGUUCGUUCUGUCGUACUCAACCUUCCAGACGAUUUUGAACCGGACGAUGCGAGAGAGCUUGCCUCCGUGCUUUGUUUAUGUAUCAACCUCCAAUGCCUCGAGCUUCGUCGACAGGACAUGCGUUUUUGUCCUAUAGUGAAUAUCGAGAGCGCAUGCAUAUUUUGGAAAACUCUUUCUGGAUGCAACUUCCAACUCACACAUUUCCGAGACACGUUUUUCGACAUCCAUGAAGCACACCACAAUGCUUUCCAAACUUUCUUACAGCGCCAAAGUCGGCUUGAAUCCAUUUCUGUGUACCAAGACGUUGGAGAGUGCACCUUUCCCAGGCUACGCCGACUUGAAAUCGUGUCUAGCAACAUCUCGCUUGCAGCCCGGUCAUCAAGCUUGGAGCAAAUGAAACUCCAUGUCGGAGAAAUUACAUGCCAUCCUUCAACAUGGGGUAUUCUCAAGGACAUGAGACGCUUUGGCCAGCGUGACGCAACUAACCAAUUGACGCGGCUUGAACUAGUCUACCAUCGUGAAUUUUUCAUCGUCGACGUGGUUGUCCGUUAUGUUGCCGAAGAGUUGCCCCAUCUGAGGGUCCUUGUCAUCCGACAACUCCGUUGUAGCAUCAAGCAGGUUGUAAAUCACAACGCGAGCUUAAAGUCGGCGAUGAAACAAGCCACACAACUAGAGGCGUUAAUCCUCACCUUUCAGCCCGGCAGUUAUGCUGACGCCGUGGGUUAUCACAGACUGCUCAACUAUCACGAACAAUGUGCACCUCAUCUCCGAUACAUCGAAAUUGGGCCCGUAGCACAAGAGGGUAACUGCUACAUCUUUAAUCGUCACCGUCGGCCGUAUCGCACGAAAGAAUACUUCGCAGCUCCAUAUUCGGUUGAUGAUGACAUUAGGCAGUGGGCCUAUUGGAAGGACGAGCGAAAGCAAUGA